AUGAAUUUGGCUCUGUCCAAGUGGGAUCUCGUGAGGCCGCCCAUCCGCCCAUUUGCAAGGCACGAGGAUCCAAUUGAAUUGCGUGGAAUCCACCAGUACGAGUGCAACGUGGCUCAGGGGUCACUCAUAAUGAGCAAAAUGCCUGUUCCCGAUGGAUCCAACCCUAAGAAGCCUUAUUUCAAGAAUAGAAUCAAUCAACCGAAGAGGAAUCCUAACAACGCUAGUGGUACGACGACUCGAGAAUCGGCUCCGCGUAAUUCACAGCUUUCUCGGGAAGAACGGGGUCAGAACUUGCAGUAUCGCAACGUCAACAUGCAGAAGUAUGAACUGAUGUUAGGAUCUGCGAAGGACAAUUUUGCUGAUAUCCCACAAGGAUCUGGGCCGGCUGAGGAGUGCACAAUAUGUUGUAAGAUGAGUGACGUCUUCGGAAUGGGAACGUGCCGCCACCCUAUCUGUAUAGAAUGCGCAAUUCGAAUGAGAGUUCUUUCGAAGAGUAGCCAAUGUCCUGUAUGUAGAGCGAAUAUGGAAACGUUAUGGUUGAUGUUUGUGGCGGCUGGGUUGGAUACGGUGUGCCUCAGUUUCCCGUCGUUAAAUCAUCCUGACGAAAAAAGAUUUUCCAUUCAAUUUCAAAAUGCCGAUAUUCUUAGUCGUUACGAGAAAUACCUAUCUCAUGUUUGCAAAUUAUGUAAGAGCGAAGAUGGCGGGCGACUGGAGUUUCCAACAUUUGUUGCAUUACGGCAUCAUAUGUCGAAUGCUCAUGAGUUGAUUUACUGCCACAUUUGCACUGAGAACAUCAUCCUUUUUUCAAGAGAGCGAAAAACUUAUACUCGGGAUAAUCUUCAGCGACACAUCCGUACUGGAGAUAGAGAUGACAAAAGUCUGAAAGGGCACCCCUCCUGUCUAUUCUGCGACCAACGGUUUUUCGACGAGGAAUUCAGAUAUCGGCAUUUGCGAAAGGAACACUUCUUUUGCCAGUUUUGUGAAACCGAGGGAAAACACCUUAACGUAUUUUUUGGCAACCAUAAGGAGUUGUUGCAACAUUAUAAGGAAAAACACUUCUUAUGUGAGUUCGAGGAGUGCAGAGCAAUGGGAAUCGCCUUUUCUAAUCAGAUGGAUCUCAAUCUCCACAAGUCAAAGGAGCACAGUGGUCGUCGUGCUCCUGUAGCUAUCGACUUUCAGUUUAAUGAUCGUCAACUAGCGGGGCCUUCGAGGAGUCGACGUGAGGGUCUGCCACCUGUUCCAAGCGCUCCACUAGCACGACGUGACAAGAUAGCCGUAGUCCAACAAGAACCACCCCCACAAGUUAAACGGCCAACCGAAGAGUUUAUUGUGGUACCCUCAGCACAGCGUAGAACUCAAACGGUUCGCUACAGCGUUGCACCAGCUUUCACCGUUCAAACGCAGGACUUUCCAAGCUUGGGCAAUUCUACUUCUGAUCCGGCUCUGAAUAAUUUGCGUCCGGAUAACUUCCCUCGGUUGAAUCGGGUUAAUCAUCCAGGUGGAGUGCCAAGUGGUGUUGCUAAUGCUACUCGGUCUUCGCCAAUAACUACACCUACCUCUGGAGCGCCUUCGUCUUCGGGUGUUGCUCGAAAGGCUCCCACAUCAGUACAGCCUUCAGAUCGCCGUCAAGACGUGGAAGAUUUCCCCGCUCUACCAACAGCGCCGAAGCAGAACCAAGGAAAGUCUGUUUGGGCAGCUAAGAAAAAUUCCAAAUCCGUUAUUGUGGGAUGUAAGAUGCCGAAUGGUACCAAAACCUUGCCACAGCCCGACAUUUGGCCAGAUAUAUCCGUCUCAACUCCAGCGAGAGAAAUUGAGCCAGAACAGUGGCAUGACGUACCUGCCAAACCCCAAAAAGUAGACAAAAAAAUUCGAAAAGCGCAACAGAAGGCCGCCAAAUUGGAUGAUUCUAGCAGAUCAGAUGAGACACAGGAAAAUCAUCCGGCACCUCCUGACUCUGCCGCUUCUGACGAAAAGAGCGCUCCAGCAGACUUCAACAUGGUCAAAAUCACGGGAAAUUGGCCCUCUGUGAAGACAAAGAAAAAGAAGAAUGCAGUUAACGAUGCGCCCCCGAUGGAAAAACAGGAUUCCAAGAUGAACCAGUCCACUGAAGUGAAAAAAGAGUCGGCCACAGGGGCUAGUGUUGAGGACGAGCGUAUAGUAGAAGUCGAGAAGUAUGUAGAAGAUUCAGUCAACAAACCUUCUCUUGAUGAAACAACGUCCCAAACGUCUUCUAUUUUGAAUUGGUUUACCUCCUCGUCAUCAUCGAUAUUUUCGAACCUUUCACUAGCGAAUGUGAUGGGCACGAAAUCCGAAGAGAAAUGUCGAGAUUCCAAUUCUCGUCCUGAUUCUAGUUCGGGUACCACUCCACCGCCUCUUCAAACUCAACCUACCAAGGCUCAUGAGAGAAGAGUUGUCCUUGAUGACGCCGCUCCUCCAGGCUUCAAUAUCGAGCCAUCAUUAGCUAACGACCUUCUGGCCGGCCCUCCGCCAGGCUUUGAAAACACUCAUCUGGAUGACGCACCCCCUCCUGGUCUAUCACUGCCAUCUACUUCGCAACCAGUAUUUUCCAUGGCACCUUUUAUCUCUCAAUCUGACAUUGAUAAGAACAGCAAUAUGUCAGCCGAGAAGCGGGUGGAAGAGAGCGGUUGGAUGAAGGUUGGGGGUAAGUAG